AUGCCCGCUAACUGGAAGCAAGACCUUGCCAUGUUUAUCCACGCGUCUUUUGAGGACAUGUACAAAAGCGGACGGCACACCGACGUGGAAAUAACAGUAGAAGAUAAAACAUUCAAUUGUCACAAGACUGUGUUAGCAGCUGUCUCGCCUUACUUUGACGCUAUGUUUUCUUCUGGUAUGCGUGAGUCUUUGGACGGUGUUGUCAUUUUACAUAACAUAGAUAAGAACAUUUUUGAGCAUAUCCUAGAUUUCAUCUACUGUGGGAAGAAAGUGGUUACAGUAGAAAAUGCACAGGAAUUGAUUAAGGCAGCCGCGAUAUUUCAAGUGCAGUAUCUUCAUGAAAAGUGUGAACAAUUUCUUUUGGAAAAAAUAUGUGCCGAAAAUUGCAUCGGUGCCUGGAAACUAGCCAAGUCACAUGAAUGUCCUGAACUUUCACGGAAGGCUUGGUCGCUCAUUAUGGAACAUUUCAAUGACAUAUGCCGGUCGGAGGACUUCAUGUGGCUUGAUGUCGACGAUAUUGUAUCUAUUAUUGUUGAUGACCAUUUAAUGGUAGCAAACGAAGAGGUAGUUUGUGAUGCUGUGUUUCGUUGGUAUAAUGCAAACCCACAAGAACGAAAAGAAGAAACAAUUCGUCUAUUCGAACACCUUCGGCUUCCUCUGUUAGGAUCGGAAUAUCUGUUGCAUGAAAUUGAACCAAUGCAGAUCGUAACGGACAGUCCACGAUGCAGGGAAAUCGUCAAAGAAGCCAUUAGUUACCAAAUGCUUUUGGCUCGACGACCCGAAUUCAAUUCCCCAAGGAUUGCUUUUCGACAAUUUUCAAAUCUGGAAGAAGUGCUUGUCAUUAUAGGUGGAUAUAAUGCCGUAGGCGACAAAGUGGCAGAUCUGCUAGCUUACAGCUUUCAACAACAGCGCUGGUGUACGCUCACUCAGCUCCCUAUAGUCCUGGGUCGCGAGUUUGCGACCUGUGCAUACGGAAAUGACAUUUUUGUGUCAGGUGGCUCUCAGAGACUGGACAUACUUCUUCGUUACAGGUCAGAAAAUAACGACUGGUAUCGAUGUACAUCGAUGAUUCAAGGAAGGCGACGUCACGCCAUGGUAGCAGUGGGUGGGUCCAUCUACGUCAUCGGUGGCUAUGACGACAAUGUUAAAGAAGAAACCCAUCGAACAUUGUCAUCUAUCGACGGAUACAAUAUUCAAACACGUUCCUGGUCAUCUGCAGGAAGCCUUCAGGUAGCUGUUCGGUCUAUGACAGCAGCAGUAUCAAAGGAGAAGAUUCUUGUCUUUGGUGGGAUCCUUUCUGAAGACAAAGAAACUGAUGCAGUCCAAUGUUUUGAUACACGACUCGGUGUGUCAAGCUUUUUAUCAGGAAUGCCUUCGAAAUGCAAAAUGGCGAAAGCAAUUGUGUUGGAGAAACAGUUAUAUGUCGUGUGUACGGACGGAAGUGUUGUAGAAAUGUCUGAUGACGGAAAAUGUCGGACUAUUGAAACACUUAGUGAUUUCAACAGACGGCGGUUUGGGCUGGUCCACCACAACGGCUCAAUACUGAUCAUUGGUGGGGAGAGUUCUGGUAAUGUGCACCAAGACAUUAUAUCAUUUAACCCGGAACGGAAGCAGAUUCGGGCCCUCGCGUCUCCCACUCUUCCAUCCAGAGCGAACUUCGGUGGGCUCAAGAUAGUAAUUCAGAAAAAGUUCCUUACCAGGGAUCAUAAGCGUGAAAGAGAACCUACUCCUCGGACCCCAGCAAACGACAAUUAG